CUAGCGAGCUUUCGUCGUUGCCGGAGUUUUUUUUUGUUAGUUGUUGUUUGGUUGUUGUCUGACUUUUUUUUAAUCGUUUUUCAACCGGGGGAAGGAACCCACUCCCCAAACGACGGCACCGUGUCUCUCCCGGCGCCUCACCGGGGAAACGCGAGGCCGAGUCGUGCGAUGAUGGAGGACUUCGACGAGAUCUACGAGGAGGAGGAGGAAGAGGAGGACGAGGAGAGGGCCGCGGAGGAACAGCUGUUGAAGUACGCUCCAGACCCGGUGGUCGUCCGAGGAUCUGGCCACGUCACUGUGUUUGGACUCAGUAACAAGUUUGAGUCAGAGUUCCCAUCGGCACUUACAGGGAAGGUGGCGCCAGAGGAGUUCAAGGCCAGUAUAAACCGUGUUAACGGCUGUCUGAAGAAGACGCUGCCAGUGAAUGUGCGUUGGCUGCUGUGUGGCUGUCUCUGUUGCUGCUGUACACUGGGCUUCAGUCUCUGGCCCGUCAUCUGUCUGAGCAAAAGGACACAGAGAUCCAUGGAGAAGCUGUUGGAUUGGGAGAACAGCAGACUGUACCACAAGCUGUGUUUGCAUUGGAGGCUGAGCAAGAGGAAGUGUGAAACCAACAACAUGAUGGAAUAUGUAAUCCUGAUAGAGUUCCUACCCAAGAUCCCCAUUUUCAGACCGGACUAGCUCUCUGCGGCCCCACCCACAUCCUCCCGUGGUGCCUCUCUUCACUCGGCCCAGUCACCUCUCCAAAAUGGCCUCCUCUUUCCUCCCCUAACCAGGCCCAUACCCCUAAAACAACACCACCAUUUAGUGUUGACUGGACAUUAUCUAACUUCUCUAUCUAGCCCCUCUAUAUACCC